UCUCAUGAUUGUGUGACCACUCAGCCACUGUGCAGCCAUGAUAACAUGUCCUAAACUAGCUGAGUCACUGCAUAAAACAGGCUGUUUUACUGCACAUCCUGUAAGUCUCAUGUUUUGUUUGAUGAGAUUUGCUACGAGACGGUGGUGUUGUAUGUUUGGCGAAGGUAGUUGGAGGUGUUCUAAAAUAGAAAGGAGGAGGAUGUGUGGAGGCGGAUUGUGCACGCUGACAAUAGUUCCGCCUUGACACGCAAACAAGUGAGACAGGAAACAUGCGCGCUCCUCCUCCUCUUUCCCCGUGAGAGAUUUUUUUUUUCUAUUAUCUAUUUUUUUGGACUCUGCACUUGCCUGCUUCCUCUACCUUUUUUCGUGGCAAAAGACGUCGGACAGAUGAACUCCUUGUACGAGCAGAACCGUUUGGAGGAGGAGCUGAGCCGGGUGCAGUGCGGCGAUGAUGACCUGGACUUUGACUACUUGUUUGAAUAUGAAGCACCUUGCACUGAGGCUGCUGCGGGAGGACGGCAAGAAGACCCCAACCUCGCGUCCCACAAGGUCCUCAAUCCCGAGUCGGAGCAGGCCUUCCCCCUGGAGGAGGUCUCCCCCUACGCUAGCAUCAAGUCCUGCAGUCGCUCCUACAUUGAACACACCGCGGAGGUCCUGCCAGGUUAUGAGCCCCAGGAGGCACGGAGCUACCUGGACAGCACCCGGCCCGCAGGCUUGGCCUUGAGCCCACGCAUUGAAAUCACGCCGUCCCGUGAGCACUACAGCCACGCUCGGGACUCCCUCCAGAACCAGCACCCCAGUGUCAACAGCCCCCGACCCACCCUCACCGUGCCUGGCCACGAGAACCUGGCCUACCGCGAACCCCAGUGCCUGAGCCCCGCCAGCAGCAAUUCUUCCACCAGCUGGCACUCGGAGAGCUACUCCCCCUGGGCGUCCCCCUGCGUGUCCCCCAGCAGCGGCCACAACCCGGGAGACCUGUGCCCUCGCUUGCAGAACAUCCACGCCGGCUCCCCGCGCACGUCCCCAGGCACCUCGCCAAGCGCCGGCCUAGCCGAGGACGGCUGCCUGGGGGCGUGCUCGCCCUCCCCACGCCCCGGGUCCCGCUCCACCUCCCCGCAAGGCAAACGCACCUACGACAUGUACAGGAACCUGGCUUUGGUACCCGGGAUCCGCUCCCGCAGUCCGUCCCCCCAUGCCAGCCACGAGGAUCACAACACGGGUGCCAACUAUGUGCACGACGCCAUGAACGGUUUUAGCAGCUGUCUGCCAACUAAAAUGGUCAAGACCUCCAACCAGGUCUACACCCUGUACCCGGAGCACCACGCCGAGGGGAACUACCUGGUGUCAUGUGACCAGGACUUAAAACCUGCUCCGGAACCGUUCUUUGUCAUUCCUCCCAUCUGGCCCAAGCCAUUGGUCUCCAGCAUCUGCAGCAUCCCAGUGGCGUCCCUCCCCCCUCUGGAAUGGCCCAUGCCCAGCCGCACAGACCACUACGAGCUCCACAUCGAGGUGCAACCCAAGCCGCACCACCGAGCUCACUACGAGACGGAGGGAAGCAGGGGCGCCGUCAAGGCCCACACGGGAGGACAUCCUGUGGUGCAGCUGCGAGGCUACAAAGGCAAAGAGCCGCUCGGCCUGCAGAUCUUCAUCGGCACGGCAGACGAGCGCAUCCUCAAGCCGCACGCCUUCUACCAGGUGCACCGCAUCACCGGAAAGACGGUGACCACCAACAGUUUGGAGAAGGUGGUCAACGGCACCAAAGUCCUAGAGAUCCCCCUGGAACCCAAGAACAACAUGAGGGCAAUCAUCGACUGCGCCGGCAUCCUAAAACUGCGGAAUGCCGACAUCGAGCUGAGGAAGGGCGAGACGGACGUGGGGCGAAAGAACACGCGGGUCCGCCUGGUGUUCCGCGUCCACAUACCCCAGCCCGGAGGACAGCACGUCUCCCUCCAAGUGGCCUCGCAUCCCGUCGAGUGCUCUCAGCGUUCAGCACAUGAACUUCCCAUCGUGGAGAAGCAGGACUUGGACGGCUGCUCCGUGCGGGGAGGCCAGCAGAUGAUCCUGACGGGGCAGAACUUCAGCUCCGAUUCCAAGGUGCUGUUUAUGGAGAAAACGCACGAUGGGAUGCAAAUUUGGGAGAUGGAAGCAACCGUGGACAAAGAUAAGAGCCAGCCCAGCAUGCUGUUUGUGGAGGUGCCGUCCUACCGUGACACGUCCAUCUGCCGUCCCGCCAAGGUGACCUUCUGCGUGGUGAACGGGAAGCGGAAGCGCAGUCAACCUCAGCACUUCACCUACACGCCGCUGCCAUCACCGUCCAUCAAGACCGAGCCCUUAGACGAGUAUGAAUCCGACCACAUGAGCUUCGCCCUGCCCCCCGUCAUGGGCGUCCCCCCUCAUUCCUACUACCACAGCACACGGGGCGUCAUGCAACCGGAUCACGGCCUGGUUUCCGGCAUGGCGUCCUGCCAGCGCCUCAGCUCCAGCUUCCCCAACCAGAGCCCUGCCAUUGUCUUCUCCCGCGGGGGGAAGAGCCUGAGCGGCAGCCCCGGCGCCUAUCAGCAGACCGGGCCCCUGAUCCCCGACCCACACCGCUCUGUCCUGGUCCACACGGGGUCCCCGGCGCAACCCCCCAUGGGGACAGGCCAGCACCCUUCCAUCAUCCAGUUUUCCCCCACCAACCCCCACCAAGUGCAGCAAGAUAACUAUUGCGAAGGCUACUCCCCGCCGGGGCCUCGCUCGUCCACGCCCCCUCUCGCGGCCGGCAACCCCCCUCAGCAGUACGCUACCGUGAUCCAGCAGCAGACGUACGUCCACAAGGGGCAGCAGAAAGCCAGAGGAGCUCCCGGGGAGAUCCCCACCAACAGACCGAGGAGGGUGACGGUGAAGGAGGAGAACCUGGACCAGGCCUACCUCGAUGAUGGUGAGUUGAACGAGAUCAUCUGCAAGGACCUGACUGGUGUUCACGCUCGAGGGCAGUCGUAGGUCUGCCCCCGAAGCAGAGGAAGCCCCGCCCCCCACCUUCCUUGCGUAUGUAGACGCCCUCUGCUGGCUAUGUGCCGUUUUUUUGGUCGUCUUCUUUUUUUUUUUGAAACAACCAAAGAAGCAAGAAUGAAUGUGCCUUCCGUUUCGCUACGUAGCAUUAGCCGUCCACCAAUCAUCCUGCUCUUGUUUACGUUUACGUCCAUUUUAUGGAAGAAUAUCCAAACUUUUUUUGGUCCAUCAUCUCAAAAAAAUGACAAAAAAACAUUGAAAGUGAUGCCUUAUAACCAAAUGAACUUCACGUGCACUGUUUUUGAUAACCAGAGAUUUGACUUUACUUCUUUUUAUAUGAAAUAAUAUUCAACAAAUGUAUUUUUCUUAACGUACGAGUAUGAUAUUCAGGGCCUGUGAUGCUGCAACAUCAUUCUUUCAAAAUAUAGUCUUUGUAUUUCUUGGAUGUGUUACUGCCUUUUUUUAGUAUCAUGACCGUUUCAUCCCAGGGGUGUCCAAAUAAGAAUAACGUCGCAAUUUUACCAGAAUAACGUCGUAGUAUUAUGAGAAACAAACAAAACAACAAAGUUGCGAUUUUUGGAAAAUGAGGUUGGGGAAAAAGUGAUAAUAUUAUGGGAAUAAAGUCCAAACAUUACAAGAAGAAAAUUUAUAAGUAGAAAGUAUAAAUAAUUGAAAAAUUUUAAAUAAAAACAGCAUAAAAGGACAAAAAAAGAUGCAAAUUUAUGAGAAUAAACUCAGAAUAUUACCAAAAAAAAGUGACAUUGUAAUGAGAAAAAAGGCACAAUUUUACAAGAAUAAACUUGUAAUAUUAUGAGGAAAAAUAAUGACAUUUUAGUAGCAUAUUUGAAAUAUUGAAGACAAAAUGUUUUUUUAUAUAUUUGUAAUAUAAUAAAAUAAAGUCAAAAUAUUAUGGGAAUAAACUCAUGAUGUUACAAGAAGAAAGUUGAAAGAGUUGGAAAAUUUAAAAAAUAAUAAUAAUAAAGUCAAAAUAUUACGAGAAAAAAGCAUACAUUUGUAAUAUUAUGAGGAAAAAUUAUUCAUCAUAAAAAAAACAUUUUUGUAGCAUAGAGUUGAAAUAUUAAAGAAAAAUAUGUUUUCAUAAUAUUUCAUAAAGUUUUUGACACAUUACUUAAACAUAAACAUAAAACAGACAAAACAAAAUAAAGUUGUAAUUUUUGGAAAAUUAGGUUGCAGAAGAAAAUUUACCAAAAUAAAGUUGAAAUAGGUGGGGAAAAAACGCCUGCGAAAAUGGAAAAAAAAACCCAGCUGUAAUGUUACAACAAUAAAAUCUAAAUAUUAAGAGUAAAAAAAGUUGCAUUGUAACGAGAAAAAAGUGGCAAUUUUAUGAGAAUAAACGUGUAACAUUAUGAGGAAAAAUUAUGUGAUUUUAGUAGCAUAGAGUUGAAAUAUUAAAGAAAAAUAAUGUUAUUUACACAAAAAAACAAAAAGUCUUUGGAAAAUUUGGCUGGGGAAAAAGUUACAAUAUUAUGGGAAUAAAGUCAUAAUUACAAGAAGAAAGUUGAAAUAUUUAGAGAAAAAAUGUGUAAUUUUGCGAGAAUAACGUCAGAUGAGUAGCAUAACGUUGAAAUAUUAAAGAAAAAAGAUGUUAUUUUGUUUUUAAAAUCGUAAUAGUCCGACAAACAGUCAAAAUUAAAUAAAGCCGUAAUUUUUCGGAAAAUUGGGUUGCAUAAAAUGUUAGAAAGCUAUGAAAAUAAAGUCAAAAUAUUAUGGGAAUAAAGUCAUAAUAUUAUGAGAAGAAUAUGUAUUAAAAGAAAGUUGAAAUAGUUAAAUAAAAACAACAAAAAUUGGAAAAAAAACACUGUAACAUUACAAGAAUAAAGUCAAAAUAUUCACAGAAAAAAGUUGUAUUCCAGCAAGAAAAAAAGGUGCAAUUUUUUUUUUUUUUUACGUCAUAAUAUUAUGACACAAACAAAACAAAAUAAAGUUGUCAUUUUUGGAAAAUUAGGUUGGGGAAAACAAAUUAAUUUUAUGGGAAUAACGUCAUAAUGCUGCGAGAAGAAAAUGUAUGUAGAUUAUUUCAUUAGAAAGUUGAAAUAUUUGGAAAAUCUAUUAAAAAAAACAGCAAAAUGAGUGAAGUUGCUAUUAAUAAUAGGCUUUUUCACCUACGGUGUAUGACAAAGCUGUGAUGAAAUACAUGUAACUUCUUAGCUUACGUUACAAAAUGGCAAAGUUGCAUCCUUUCAUUUUUCACUUUGUGGCCUUUUUUGGGGGGGUGGGUUUGGACACCCUUGGUUCAGAAUAUGCCAAAGCCUUGCCUAUGCACAAGAUAAACACAACACUUUCAGAAAGUAUUCAGUUUGGUGGCUAAAUAGGACUAUUUUUCUACGCUCUGUGUUGUUCAUUGGACAUGAAUUAGCAUUACAACUGGUUGAUGCCUCAACUGUUAUAGAAAAUCAUUUGUUUUGGAAUAUGACAGUACAUUGAAGGAUUUGUCCCAUUGAGCCACGAUAGCACAACAAGUGCAUCUGACAUACAUUGAAUGUAAUCUGCACGCUUUUUGUUGUUGUUGUUGUAAAUAUCAACCUCAAAUCUUUACGCUUAUAUCAUGCAUCAUAUCUUUUUAUUUUACGAAGGGAAGUAGGACUCACGUCUAGAUAAUUGUAUUUUCUAUGCUAUGUCCUACUUACUGUUGGCCUCCUUUUAAGUUUCAUGCUUUUUGUAUUCUUAAAAGGUAGCAAUAAAAGUAUAUUCUUGCUUAA